UGUAAAUAUUGCUGGAAUCACUCAAGCACACUGCUAUGUAUAAUACGAAAUCUGUCUAAAAUAUAGCUAGUUUUGAGUCGGGAAUUUUAAUGAUUAUAGACGUACCCCAAAUGGCAAUAUCUCCUUUGACUACUACCGCCCGCAUCACGCCAUUCCACAAGACACUGAGACGACCGUUGUAGAAGUCUCCAGCAUCUCCAUAGUAUUCGUAAACAUUAUGUAUCAAGAUUUAGAUGUGCUGUCUUAAUAUUCAUGCAAAGCGGGAUAUAUCUAUUCAUUACGUUUUCGUAGUAACAAGUGAUACAAAUCGACAAUAAGUGAGAGUAUCUGUAGUUAAUAGUAAUGAAUCUAUUACUACUGUUUUUCUCGUGUAGCCUCUUCAUUGGUGAACUAGCCACCGUGGAUGGCCAGGAUGAAGAGUCUGGGGUAGAAGUGGUGACAGUGCUGGGUACACUCCUUGAGGAUGGCUUAACCCUUCAACCUCAAGUUGAUAACAUCAGGGAAGUAACGACCAACUCAGCCCGUUUGCCUCCAUCACUGCGCCCCAUCCACUACACCAUCCGGCUACAGCCUUUCAUCAAUGGCAACUUUAGCAUCCAUGGCAGUGUUGAUAUCCAUCUCCAGGUCCUGCAGCCCACAGAUAGGGUGGUCCUCAAUAUGGCCGACAUCAUCACCAGGAAUGAGUCUGUCUCGGUGAUUGCUGAGGAUGCAUUUAACGAGAGGGUGAGAGUGGUGGAACAGACCUUUGACCCUUUACUCCAGCUCUACACGGCGCACCUAGAAAAACCACUGGUCACAACCACCACCUAUGUCUUCCACAUGGAGUUCCAGGGCUUCCUUAAUGAUAAACUGGUUGGCUUCUAUCGCUCUGUGUAUACUGAUGUCCAGGGCACUAAGAGGUUAUUGGCAGUUUCGCAGUUUUCUCCUACUGAUGCACGAAGAGCUUUCCCAAGCUUUGAUGAGCCCAGCUUCAAGGCCACCUUUGACAUUUAUCUGGCAAGGCAGACCAAUAUGACAGCCCUCUCCAACAUGCCUCUCAUAAACACCCAACCCAUAGCUGGACAGGAGGACUGGGUAUGGGACUCCUUCAACACCACACUGCCCAUGUCCACUUACUUGGUUGGGUUCCUCAUCAGUGACUUCUCAUACCUGGAAUCAUCAGCACUCAACCAUACUCUUUUUAAAGUUUGGACACGCAAGGAUGCCCUUGACCAAGCCACAUAUGUUCGUGAUGUUGCUCCAACAAUUCUCACCUUCCUUGAGGAUUAUUUCAGUAUUCCCUUCCCACUCCCUAAACUGGAUAUGUCAAGUGUACCAGAUUUUAAAUUUCGUGGUAUGGAAAAUUGGGGGCUUAUUCUUUACAGGGAAACUGCACUUCUGUAUGAUCCACAUAAGUCCUCAGCAGAAAGCAAGCAGAGUUUGGGUCAUGUCUUAGCCCAUGAGAUUGCCCAUCAGUGGUUUGGGAACCUGGUUACCCCGGUCUGGUGGUCAGACCUCUGGCUCAAGGAGGGUUUUGCUACUUUUAUGGGCUUUGUGGGGCUGAAUGCUGCUGAACCAACGUGGGGCAUCAUGGAGCAGUUCUUGACAAGCAAUCUCCACAUAGCCCUGCAGCUCGACAAUCUCCGGUCGUCACACCCCAUCAAUGUAGAGGUCAACCAUCCAGAUGAUAUCAGCGAGAUAUUUGAUACAAUAUCAUACAAAAAAGGUGCUUCUAUUAUAUGGAUGAUGCAUCGCUUCUUGUCAGAGGUGACCUUUAGGAAGGGCAUCACAAACUGCCUUAAUGCUUUCAAGUUUGACAAUGCUGAACAGGAUGAUCUCUGGCAGCAUCUGACAGAAGCAGCUCAUGAAGAUGGUAUUUUGCCCGUAGAUCUCACCGUCAAAACUAUCAUGGAUAGCUGGACACUUCAGGCAGGAUACCCUGUCAUCUCUGUUAUGAGGAAUGAUACAACUGCUACUCUCACACAGGAAUGGUUCUAUCUUGGGGAAAUCAACAAGACCUCUGGCAAUCAGCCAGGUUGGUGGGUGCCAAUAUCAUACACCACCCAGAACAAUCCAAACUUUCAACAGACAAACCCAAAAUUCUGGAUGGCCCAAGAUAGAAAGCCUCUGGAAAUUUCAGGACUACCAAACCUGACACACUGGGUCAUUGUCAAUGUCCAAGUGUCAGGUUACUACAGAGUUAAUUAUGAUAGUAUCACCUGGCAACUCCUCACUGGUCAGCUGGCCAGUGACCACAAAGCCAUUCAUCUGGCCAACCGUGCCCAGUUACUGGAUGAUGCUUUCAACUUGGCACAAGCAGGUCUGCUAGACUACUCAACAGUGCUGACAGCAACUACUUAUUUAGAGAAAGAGGAGGACUUUGUGCCCUGGAGAGUUGCCCUCACCUCCUUCAGCUACCUUAUUAAUAUGUUUGAGCGUGCUGCAGGGUAUGGAGCUCUCAGGGAAUACAUUCGGUCCUUAAUGGUGCCUUUGUAUGAUUCUGUUGGGUUUGAUGACCAUCCAGACGACCCCCAUCUAACUCAGUUUAAGCGAGUCAUUGUCCUCGAGUAUGCCUGCAAGUUGGGUCAUCCUUCCUGUGUUAAAAAUGCUGUUCAUCUGUAUUCUAUCUGGAUGAAUUCACCUGCCAAUGAAAGCAUUGUGCCAGUGAAUGUGCAAGACACAGUGAUGUGUACUGGUGUGGCCAGUGGAGGGGAAGCUGAAUGGAAGGCAGCUUGGACACGCUAUACCAAGUCCAAUGUUGGCUCAGAGAAGGCAAUGCUUCUGUCUGCCAUGGGUUGUACUAAGGAGGUGUGGAUCCUGGCAAGGUACCUCAAGAUGGCUUUCACCGAAAAGAGUGGGAUCAGAAAGCAAGAUGCUUCAAGUGUGUUCACUGCUGUAGCUUACAACUCUGUGGGUCGUGACUUGGCUUGGAACUUCCUCCAGGAUCAGUGGCCUGUCAUACUGGAAUAUUUGGGACCAGGUUCAUCCCAUCUCUCCAGGAUAGCCAAGGCUGCCAGCCAAGGUUUCAACGCUCAGCUGGAACUCAAGGAGCUGAUGAAGUUUAAAUCUGACAAUGCAGAUCACCUGGGGUCAGCCAGAAGGGCUCUGGACCAGUCACUCGAGAGAGCCACACUCAACACAGCCUGGAUGGAAAAGAACUAUGAUGCCAUUUUAGUGUGGCUUAACGGACAAGGCUAUGACCACACACUCUAAGACUUUGUGUAUUAAUAUUAAACAUUAUGGCUCAGGUACUUACAUUAAAAUGUAUGCUAAUGCACUUAUACAGUACAUGUUUAUGCAUAGUUUUUCUUGAACUAAAAUGUAUGCAUAUGUAUUUUUACAUACUAUACACUAGAAGCACAACUUUAUUUUUAUUAAAUUAAAAUCAUGGUUGUAUGAA